AGGUUUUUUUUUUUUUGGUGAGCAUUCAAUUUCGAUAGCUUCUUCCUUUACAACUCAGUCUGAUUAAGCGGAUUUUCGUAGCACUGGUUCUUCAAACCCCACCUCGAAUUGGACCGAACCAGUUCAAUCCACACCGUCUAGUUGGAGAAUCCUAACAUCAGUUUCAAAAGAAGAAAGCUAUGGAGAAAAGCAAUGACAGAAUCAGCGAACUACCUGAUGACAUGCUUCAUUCCAUCCUUUUCAAGAUGCCGAUGAAAUUCAUCAUAAGAACAAGCAUUCUCUCAAGGAGAUGGAGAAACUUGUGGAAACCCAUUUGGGCUUAUGCCACUGCUCUCGAUUUGGGUGCUGAAUUCGCGACUGGCCAAACUCCAGAAGAAUUCGUGGCUACUGUUAACCGAUAUCUACAACUCCACAAAGGCAAGGAGAUCCAGAUUUUUCGGCUCCCAUACAUUCCAUGCAAUCCGUCAGAUGCUGAGAAAUGGGUUGAAUUCGCAAUAGCAAAAGGAGUUAAGGAGCUUCACAUCGACUUCUGUAAACCGUUUAAGGAAAGUAAGCUUUGUAAAUUGCCAAACUCCCUCCUUAGUUGUGAUUUUUUAACAGAAUUAAAAUUGAGUCGCUGUGAUUUCAGCCCACUUUUGGAUUUCAAAGGUUGCCCCUACCUCAAAACUCUCCACCUAAGCCAUGUUACAGUUACAGAUGCCCUGUUUGAAAGAAUGCUUUCAAAUUGCCCCCUUCUAGAGCAAUUGAGUUUAAGGUUUUGUCUUGAGCUGACUCAUAUCAAGGUUUCCGCACCGGAUCUUCCACUUAAGACCUUGAUAGUUGUUGAAUGUUUGGAUGCCGUUGAGAUUGAGAUUUUUGCUCCGAACCUCCAAUCAUUCCGUUUUUAUGGUGAUUUUAUUCCUAUGUAUUUCGAGAACAUUUCGAGUUUGGUGGAUGUCCUUAUCGAUGGCAUAUGUAGAGAGGAUCACGAUCUUGGGAAAGAUUGUAUUGGUGUUUUGCACCAUCUUGAACAUGUUAAGACUAUGACAUUGUUUAGUGGCUCGCUUGAGUAUGUAGGUUUAGUAGAGGAAUAUACACCCGAAGAUUUGCCUCUUGCAUUCCACAAUUUGCAAGAAUUGCAGCUAUUGAUGGAAUGGUAUGAUCGUAGCUAUCUGCCCUGCGUCUAUAGUUUCUUCGAAAACUGUCUAUGCCCUUGUCUAAUGAUGCUUUUCAUUUAUUUUCCGGCCAAUGACGACCCCUCUCAAAGUGACUACCAAUUCGAGGAACUUAUAGCAGAGGACACUCCGGACAUUGUGUUUGAUAAUCUGAAGGCGAUAAAAAUGAAUGGCUUUACAGGACUCAAGGAUGAAAUGCAGUUGGUGAAAUUUUUCUUAGAGAAUGCUAUUGGACUAGAGUAUUUGGUUUUGGUAGCUCCUGAGAAAGCUGCCAGUGACGUGAAGAAGGAUUCUGUAUCGGAGUGUAUAUCUGACCAUGCAUAUUCUUGUUUUCUUAACAAGCAUAUAUUGAUAUUGUCUGAAUCCGCCGACGCGCCAAUGGAACUUCUUUGUGAACAACUAUUUAUCUUAGUAAAGGCAUCAUCAUCAGAUGCUCAGGUAUUAAUAUGUGAAUAUUCGGACUACAAUGGUGUUUUAUUCCCCACACAUAGAGGGGUAGCUUUGUAUCCAUAUAGUAUAUUUUAUUAGUUUGGUCUAUAAAUUGGGAUUCUACA